AUGGAACCACCGGCAAAAAGGCGUCGCAUGAGCCAGCUGCUGCUGGACAAGGGAUACGUCGACGAAGACGACGAUGAGCUCGCCUUACAGCCAUUCGAGGUUGAAGCCAAACGGGACCCGGGGUAUAAACUAUCUAUCGAACGAGCCUAUGCAGACCAGCGGUUCCAGGCCACCAUGGCACAUAUCUUCGACAAAUAUGGCCGUGACUUCGAAGGCAUUGGAGACGAGAUCGAUCUUGUGACGGGCGAGAUUGUCGUUAAUAAUGGGCAUGUUCGCAAUAUGCGAGACGAAGGCGACGUUGGAGACGGCGUGGGAGAAUAUCUGGGCGAAGAAGAGGAUGAUGAAGAUGAAGGAAUUCUUCUGGAGGAUCUGUUUGAUGAUGAGGAAGAAUCCGGAGACAACGAUACAGCAGAGCAAGAAGGACAUGCGGCAGUCUUUGGAAAGCAGAUUCAAAACAACAAUGGCUUAGAUGAGGAUGAAGAAGAUGAGGAUCGCAUAAUACAGGGCCGCGAAGCGCCUCGCGAAUCGCAUUCGACAGCCUUGGUGUUGGGAUCAUCGUCAGGAAAUGCAUCGCGCGCUUCCAGAACUGCUUUGCGCGCCUUGCCGCACAAGAUUCCACCAGGCAAUAUCUUGGAUUUAGAGCCCAUCGGGCAGUUGCCAUUUUCCUCUUCGCCACUCUCUUUCGAUCGCUCGCCAUUUGCUAUGGAGCCAUGGAGCCUUUCUGGCCAGUAUUCUGAUCCUUUAUGGAAUAAACCCGAUUUAUUUGCAGUCCACCAGCCCAAACCCCAGCAGUUCCCGAUGAAAGCAAGCCGAUAUGAUUUUCCUGCGCAAAGCGGCCAAAGCUCGAUUUGGGCACCUCGGUCUAAGUUUCGAGAUGAAGAGGAUAAGCCGCUUCAGUCCGUGUUUGCGGCUACAUUUGGCAAACAUCUACUCACCAAGACGAAGAAAGUCCUUCGACAUCCGCUGUUGUUAUCACCCGCAAAGGCUGUGGAAGAUGAUGACAAGAGAGAAGAAGAGGACGAGGACGAAGAUGAAGAUGUGAUUCUGACAGGGAAAAGGUCUAAGGAGAUUGAAGGCUUUGGUAAAAUCGAAAUGAAUCUUGCCAAGAGAGGCAAGCGUUUGAACGUCAGUCUCCCGUCUUCAGAGACAAGCAAAGAACUCAAAGAGAAAGGAGUGGAAGGGGGUUCGAGUGAUAGCGGCUAUAAGUCUACACAAAGUACUCGAAAAGCUAGAAAGAGAAAGCAAAGGCCUGAUGAAGACUUAACGAGGAAUGACGCUCUGGUUCGAGUCGCUGAAAUUCCAAGGAGAGCUCCUCAUCUAGAUGAUGAGAUACCGUCACAAAGGUCCAACCAGACCCGCCAACAACUGUCCACGGCUAAACAGCUCGAUGAGGCUGAUGGCCGAAGGCGUUCUGGACGCAUGAGGAAGCAAGUGGAAUUCCUCAACAAAAUUUCUUGGGCCGAUGUCUUGGCGGAGCAGAGGGCUGAAAAGGAGGUGGCAUAUUCCCGGAACAGGAAUGACGGUCAAUUUAUGGUAGAUGAGGAUGCCCUUGAGAAGCGGCCUGUCUUGGCUGCGCCGGAGGAAGAUUAUAUCCCAGACUCUGCUGCUGAAGAUGAAGAAGGGUUUGAAGAAGACGAAGAAGAAGAAAGUGAAGAGAUAGGAGAAAAAGGAGAAAAAGAAAAAGAAGAAGCAAAAAGCCAGACAAACUUCCGUGGUGAUUUGCCGACACUACGUGCAAAGGAAACCCGCCAGCCAGAUAUUCAUGAAGAAUCUUGUGCGUCAAUACCAGAAGUAUUUCCCCGCAAGAAUGCAGAUUCCGCGUGCCUUCUUUCGGACGACGAAGCUCCCACGUUGCUGUCAAAAUUAAGAAAAACGGCUUCCAACAAUACACUCAAAGAUACGCUCCCACUACGCGAAAUCCACAAUAUCAAGACUCAAACAACUGCAAGAGUCGACCUGCCUGCAAGUCGCAAAACAAAAAAGGCGGAUUAUUCUCACAGAGAGAACACGGAUACAAGAGACGUCAUUGAUGAUACGUCCCCGAGUGGUACGAGUUCGAGCCGACGCCUCAAUAUCCCGUCCGAAGACUCAAGUGGCGUGGCGCCAUUGUCUUCUUCUCCUACUCGUUUCCUCUCUCGCAUUACUCUUGACGUGUCUCUUGAUGACAAGCCUCAGACUUCAUACACCUCGGCACGGAGGUCUAGGUAUCGGCGAUCUGCAGACAUUCGCUCUUCAAGUCCGUGUGCUCGUAUGGACGAGGAUACCCCGGAAGCUACAGCCUCCAGUCAGAGACGCCAACUGACGAAGCUUGCAACAACCCCCAUAGUUAUUGAGGACAGUUCCUACGAGACGUCAGAUGAAAUUUCCCCGGUCGAAUCUUCUCCAAUCACUAGAGCCUCUAUACCUAUGGAACCAGCCCUUCCCUCCCCUAGACGUGACACACCCCCCCCUGAAGUGGUGGCUCGAGCUAUCAUACAAUCUCCUUCGAAACACUUCUCGAUGCUGCCUCCAAGUUCUCCAACCAAGAGCCUCUCAAAAUGUAUCUCGUCUACUCACUCAGGGCCCUCCUCUGCUGGCGAAGCCAAGAUAUCUGGCCCCGUCACAUCUUUACCAUCCUUGAGCAACCCUCCCCAAACACCUCGUCACUCGAAUCGCCAUUCUUUGAAGGUUCCUUCUUCUCGACACUCCAUUUUGUCUCUGCUAUCUGAUGACGAAGAUGAGGAGGUUGACGAGCUGGGCCGCAGCCUAGCUGCUAUGCCUAGGUUGCUUAGCUCUGCAGCACGGACAACCGAGCGGAAAUUAUGGAAAUCCAGCUCUCGCACCAGAGAGGUGUAUCAUACGCCAGUUAAGAAGCGACCCACCGAGCCUAUUAGCCCUGGGAGCAUUAUCAAGACGCCUGGUGGCUCUUUGAGAGCAUGUGGAGUGGAUGGAUAUAGAUGUGGACGAGAUUUUUGCUUUACGUGUUUAUAA